AUGGAGAAACUUGUCAAGCGCACGGUUCAGGCCCAGCGCCAGGCCGGUAGGCGAGCCCACCAGUCCAUCCGACGACACCGCAACACGCAGCGCUGGGAGAUGGUCCGCAUGCUCAAGUCGACAAACAACGAGAUCAGGCAGAACCUGAGCGACGCGCGCAAGGCCCGGUAUGAGGACUGGGUCAUGGGACCGCUCGCCCCCAAGCGCGACCUCGGCUACAACGUCUACGGCACCAUCACCGAGCCUACGCGCCUGACCCACGAGAGCGGAAGCGGCGUCCACAGCAUCAGGCCGCACGUGGUGGCUAAGCGGUGCGAGUGGGCCGGUAGCCCUCACCAGCUCAACUUGGCCGUCGGUGACCGCAUCGUCAUCCUCGAGGGCAGGGACAGGGGAAAGCUGGACCGGAUCGAGAGCAUCAACUCGGAGCUCGGUACCGUUACCCUGAUGGAGAACAACAAGGGCCUUCACAAAACCCCCAUAGGAGACAGGGAGCAGCUCACGGCCCUGCCCAUGUCGAUCGGCGCCAUCCGCCUCGUGUACCCCCUCCCGGACCCGGCGACCGGCACGACCAAGGACACCAUCAUCCACCAGCUCAAGGCCACGCCGCCCAACAUGCAGUCGGAGAACAUGACGCUGGACAGGUGGGAGCACGGCAACAAGUGGGACCGCGUGGUGCCCGGCAUCAACGUCGUGAUACCCUGGCCGGAGGUCAAGGUGCCCCAGUUCGUCACGCACGACGUCGACACGGCCCGCGACCAGGUCGAGGACCGCUCCUUCUACUACAACCUCCUCUCGCCGCCCAUGCCGCCCCAGGCCCUCGACGAGCUCCGCAACAAGUACUCCAAGUUCCGCACCCGCCACGAGGGCUGGUACGUCGCCAAGAAGGAGGAGGAGGCCGCUGCCAAGAAGGGUCGCCACAACCUGCUCCUCGCCAUGCGCACACCCGGCGAGGAAUUGGGCAUCAAGAGGCGCGAGGCCAAGGCCGCCCGCGGUGAGCCCGAGCUCUCCGACGACAUGCUCCUCAAGCUCGGCGAGAUCAUAGCCCAGUCCAAGGCCGCUUCGCUCGAGGAUGCUGGUGUUGCCCAGGUUGCCGGCGAGGGAGAUGAGACGGAGUCGCGGUAG